AUGGGAAUAACCAUCCAAAACAUCACAGGAAGCACAGCAAUGGUAAUUUGGCCAAAAAUGGCCAGUUGUGUCGACAGCUUUUACAGCAUCAUGUACCACCCUAACUGGAACAGCAUGCUAUCCAGCUACUCCAGAAAGAGUUUUCAGAAGGAAGAGAGGGUGCCCACCACUCGCUCCUCCUUUGUUGUUGAAAACCUGACUCCCCUCACAACAUACAUCAUGUGCGUGACCUGCCAGUCCGCAAACCCCUCCAGCGACCAGUGCAGAGUUUUUAACACACUGGAACGAGACCCAGCAUCGGGGAGCAACACCAAGAAAGAGCUGGCACUGGGUAUCUGGCUGACCAGCAGCGUCCUGCUCCUCAUCAUCGCUGCGGUCCUGCUCUACGGCUGCCUGCACCUCCUGUGCCGCAGGAGACGCGAGCGUUCGCGAGAGCGGAAUGGGACCUCCAAACAGCAUGAGGAGCCAUGGACCAAAAGCGUGGCAUACCCCUCAGAUGAGUUCAGCAGGCAGAGCCAGCGGACACAGGAUGCUGAGGAAAAGCAGCCAGGUGGCAUCCAGCUGGCCACAAUCAUCAAGAAUCCCUCAGUGUGCAAUGAGCCCAUCAUGCCAUCUUCUAAAAGUCAGGAACGAGUCCCAGUGACAGGACAGCGCUCAGCUAUAAAUUAG